CUUGGGAAAGGGGGAAAGUGUUUGGCGCUUAGAGUGUGUAAUUGACAUGGCAUGAGCAAACGGAACCUUUUGGGGGGGGCACAAGAGAAACACUUUUAUCCGGACACUUUCAUCACUAUCAACGAAGCAGAGUGGAAAUGUACCUAAAGUUCAGACCCCUGUUUCCUGUACUGUGGCUAUUGGUAUGGAGCUCCAGCAGGAUUCAAGGACAGAAGAAUGAAGACAGCAACGAAUUUCCAGAGACGUCAUCUGAACUAUUUGAUCUGGAACGCAAUUCCUUGGCACCAGAUUGUCCUAAAAAAUGCACUUGCAAUCCAGAAGGGAUUGUGGAUUGUGGAGGGUUUUCGCUGAAAGAAUUUCCCAUAGAUGUCCCUGAACUGACAACCCACCUUUCCUUACAGAACAACCAGAUAGAAGAAAUCUUUCCAGAAGAGCUAUCACGUCUUUACAGACUAGAAACUCUUAACUUGCAAAACAACAGACUCACUUCCAAAGGACUUCCAGAGGAAGCGUUUGACCAGCUGGAGAACCUGAAUUAUCUGUAUCUUGCAAAUAAUCAGCUCACAGCGGCUCCAAAAUUCCUCCCCAGGACCUUGAUCAGUGCUGAUUUUGCAGCCAAUAACCUCACUAAGAUGUAUGAGCUCACGUUUGGACAGAAGCCAAAUCUGAGAUCAGUCUACCUUCACAACAAUAAACUUGAAGAUGCAGGAUUACCAGAGAGCAUGUUCAAUGGUUCUAACAAUGUGGAGGUGUUGAUUAUGUCCAGCAACUUCUUAAAAUAUGUUCCAAAGAAUCUGCCACCAGCACUAUAUAAGUUGCACCUAAAGAAUAACAAACUGGAGAAGAUUCCCAGAGGAGCCUUCAGUGAGCUCUCAGGACUUCGAGAACUGUAUCUGCAGAACAACAAAUUGACAAACGAGGGCAUGGACAAUGAAACCUUCUGGAAACUCUCGAGCCUUGAGUACCUGGAUUUGUCCAGCAAUAACCUUUCCCAAAUCCCAAGUGGCUUACCUCGGAACAUCGUCCUUCUCCACCUAGAGAAGAACGCCAUUAAAUCAAUUGGCAAGGAUGUCUUGACUCAGAUCAAGAACCUGGAAUACUUAUUGCUUCACAAUAAUAAACUGAAAGCCCGUGGGAUCCACCCACUGGCUUUCCAGGGCCUGAAGAAGUUGCACACUGUCCAUUUGUACAACAACCAGCUGGAAAAGAUCCCCAGCGGGCUGCCCAGGCGGGUGAAAACUCUUAUGAUUCUUCACAACCAGAUCUCAGAAAUUAACAGGAAUGAUUUUGCUACCACUUAUUUCAUGGAGGAACUAAACCUGAGUUACAAUAAGGUCACCAGCACACAUAUUCAUCGGGACGCCUUCCGUAAGCUGAGGCUACUGAAGUCCUUGGAUCUUUCAGGCAAUAACCUCCACACCAUGCCAUAUGGCUUCCCAAAGAACCUGCAUAACCUGAAGCUUAAAGUAAAUGAGAUCAGCUCCAUUCCCAGGGGCACAUUAUCUGGAAUGUCAAAGCUGCAGGAGCUGUUUCUGAGUAACAACAAACUGAAAGUCAGCGCAAUUCAUAGAGGCUCAUGGAGGGAUCUCACCAGUCUCAAGACGUUAGAUAUGGCUGGCAAUCUACUGACUGCUAUUCCAUCUGAUUUGCCGGAAUCUCUAGAAUACCUGUACCUCCAGAACAACAAGAUCACCAUAGUGCCAGAGGAUGCCUUUGAAUCCACACCCAACAUAAAGGGGAUUUAUCUCAGGUUUAACAAGAUUGCAUUCCAUGCGGUCAAAGAAAGCACCUUCCAAAGACUGAAGCAUCUGCAAGUGCUGGACAUCGAAGGAAACUUUGAAUUCAGUGACCCUUUGAAGAAUGGGGAUCAUUCAGAUGAGGAAAUAGAAGAAGAGGAGGAAGAGGAAGAACAGGAGGUGGAGGAAAAAUAAGGGCAAGCCUUGACUGAACCAAGCAUAUCACAUGGUAGAUCACCUUAAAUGCUUUUUCUAAGGGACACAGAUAUACCGUCUCUUUACCUGACACGAUCGUCUGUGGCAAAAAUCUCCUUUCGACCUAGUCCUGUGUGUUGCUAAAUUAGCAAAUAAAUAUCUGUGAUGGGGCAUAAAACUGUGCUAGUGCAAUAUCGCAAUUGGCGAUGCUACAAAGUGACGCAAAAGUGGCAUAAGGGUAGCAAUAUUUUUGCACCAAUGCAGCAGUGCUAAACCCAUUGUGGCUUUCCAGCAAGGCACAGGCAAUGCAUGCUAUGUACAUCAUGCUACAGGUUGGUUGAGCACUGGCGGUGACCAUGCCAGUUUCCAUUCUGCGUCUUUUAGCUCAGAUCUACGGGUUGUCUAUACACGCUCA